AUGGAAAGAAAAUGCCUGAAGAAAGAGAUUGAAAAACUCCUGGGACAUUAUGUUGGCAUCAGACUACGAGAAAAUGAAUUUGAUCCAAGAGGACAAAGGCAACGCACCUUUCUAGAUGACAUGGUCCAUUACAACUUAUCCUUCAGUGUUGCUUUGCUGUGGCUAAGUGACUUGGGUGAUCAGACUGCACUGACAAGAGAGAAAGUGAAUUUUGCAGCUCGCAAACGAUACAUGUAUCCCAACCGAACUGAGAGAGAAGCCAUGAUAUUAUCUUCAUAUGCUGGAAUAUUAAUGAACAGCAUUCCUGUUGAAGAGAUCUUUGAGAUUUACAGCAAGAGGUCCUCAGCAACACACUGGCAGAGCUCUGCAAAUGACCACUGGAUUCAACCUUUCAAGCUCUCCCUGCAUCCAUUUGCCAUGCUGACUGCCCCUCAAGCUGCAGAGCAUGCCUGGAAACAAAGCAUCAAGUACCAGACAGCAGCAGCAGCUUAUCAAAAGACCAACCCUUGUUCAGCAAGGAGAGCUAAAAAGGACAGCAAGCAACUGGACUCACUGACCAGAGGAAAGCAACAGGUUGACAAAGUAGGUCUGAAGAAUUCACACAAACGAGUAAAACUGUUUUUACAACACUACCACUGA